AUGCGCAUCGUAAGUCGUAUGGUACACGCCAUCAAAAUGGGUUGGUCUAAGGGUCCAAAGCAAAAACCACAAAAGAAGGUUUACGAUCUGUGGGCAGCUGAGGAUUCAAUGGACCACAAGACAAAAUCUGAAUUAGCUCGUAUGAGGAUGCACAUGCCAGCACCUAAGAUGCCGCUUCCAGUUCAUGCUGAAUCAUACAAUCCACCGGAGGAGUAUCUGUUCGAUGAAGAAGAAAAGCGGAAGUGGGAGGAGGCGGAACCCGAAGAUCGGCGAUUGCAGUUUGUUCCACAGAAGUAUGACGCAUUGAGGAAGGUCCCUCAGUACAACAAGUUCUUGACGGAGCGGUUCGAACGUUGUCUUGAUCUCUACCUGGCUCCACGAAAGAUAAAGAUGAAGCUACAAGUGGAUCCAUCGGAGCUUCUGCCCGACUUGCCGAAUCCAAAUGAUCUCAAGCCAUUCCCAACAACCUUAGCUUUCUAUAUGCGCGGACAUGUUGGUCAGGUGCGCUCAAUAAGUGUAGAACCAGAUCGCGGUGAGCUGUUGGUCUCUGGUGGAGAAGAUGGAACUGUUCGUCUGUGGAUGAUGGAUUCUGGUCGCUGUAUUAAGACGUAUAAAGUGGGUGGUCCUGUGACGUCUGUAGCGUUUUGUCCUGUGGGAAGCAAAACAUUGGUGGCAGUGGCUUACGAAGGGCGUCAGAUUUCUAUAUUCAAUACUAACUGCGGUGAUAACCUUGUAUGCUCCCAGACUGAAGAGUUUAUUCGAGAGGUUCCAAUCGAGGAGUCCGAUGGUAAGGUGAAUUGGCGGCGUAUUAAGGACAGAAUCGUGCUGGAAAUGCCAAAUGUACGGAAAGUUGUUUGGCAUGCUAAAGGAGAUUAUUUGGCUUCCGUUGCUGUAGAUGAUAUAGCUACUUCGGUAUAUAUUCACCAAAUGAGCAGGGCUAGAUCUCAGUGUCCGUUCACGAAGAGGAAGGGUCACGUCCAAAGCGUUGCCUUCCAUCCAUCUCUACCAAGGCUUUUCGUCGCUACCAAAAUUCAUGUCAGGGUGUACGAUCUAGCACGGUGUCAGCUUGUCAAGAAAUGCAUAACUGGAAUUAAGCAUAUAGGUGCCAUGGUACCAGACGUCCAGGGAGAGAAUCUUUUUGUUGGUGGACUCGAUCGUAAAUUUGUAUGGCUUGAUUUACAAUUAUCGUCGAAGCCCUGGAAGAGUUUCAAGCAUCAUAGCUCCGCCAUCAGAGGCGUGGCUUAUCAUAAGAGGUAA